AUGAAUCUGAUAGCAUAAAUCUUAAAAGCAACAAACCUUUCAAAAGAGGCUAUAAUGUGUUUGGAUGAUGCUAUUAAAAUUAAUCCUUAUUCAUUUUCAGCCUAUAAUAUAAAAAGUAAUACAUAUUAACAUCUAAGGUUUGACUCUAGUUAAGAUGGGGUGUUUGGAAGAAGCAUUAGAAAGUAUUGAUAUCGGCAUUUAAAAUCAACCUGAAUCCUAUAUUUUAUUUAAUAAUAAAGGUACGAAAGUAAUUUAUUAAAUAGGACUUAUUUUAUAUUGCUUGGGAUGUUUCGAUGAAGCAAUUUCUAAUUUGGAACAUGCUAUACAAUUAUGUCCUGAAAUUUCUAUCCUUUAGCAAAAUAAAUGUAUAUUAAUUUAUUAUUCUUUAGUAUACUUGGAAUCUUUAUAAAGCACACCUCAUAAUCAGGAAAUAUUAGAAUCUAUUAAAUCAUAACUUAAAAUAAGUGAGAAUUAAAUAAUUUCAUCUAUCUUUAUAAGUGACCAGUAUUAUAUAGAUAUGUUUCAUCUAGAUGAUAACACUUUAAAUAUUUUAUUUUAAAAUUUAAGUGUUUAAUGA